CGAGGGGAGAGACAGGUAAUGACCUCGAGACGGUGGAGAUCCAUACCAUCGAUCAUCAACUCCAGGCCUUUCCUAUUUAUACUUUUGCAUGAACAGACACGCCUCGUGGAUCGAGCAGAAGGCAAGGGACUCAUCAAGAACUCAGUGGGGGUGGUGUUUGAAGUCGGGGUUCUUCUUUCUCGAGCUUCGUCGUCCGUAGCUUUUCGAGACGCCGUCGCGUCGCGGUCGAGCCGAGCGAUAUAUAUUGGGGAGAUCGGGAUGGAGAGGUCUAAGAGCAACGGGUAUGGCGAGUGUGAUCAGGCCAACCUGAAGGCCACUGAGCUGAGGCUAGGGCUUCCCGGGACCGAGGAGGACCCGCCGUUGAAGCUGGAGUCUCCCGCUUUCAAUAGCAAGAAGAGGGCUUUAGCAGAUGAUGAGGGAUCAGCCUCCAAGGGCAAUCCUGGCUCUGGUGUCCCUCCCCCUUCAAAGGCGCCGAUAGUUGGGUGGCCGCCUGUCCGGUCGUACAGGAAGAACAUGGCGGCGACGAAGAAAGCCGAGAUAGCUGAGGGUGUCGCAGGGGCUGGCUUCGUGAAGGUGAGCAUGGACGGUGCUCCUUACCUCAGGAAGGUCGAUCUCAAGACGUACAAGAGCUACCAGGACCUCAUGGAAUCUUUGGAAAAUAUGUUCAACAUCACCAUUGGUGAUUACUCGGACAAGGGGUCUGAUUAUUCGCCCACCUAUGAAGACAAAGAUGGGGACUGGAUGCUUGUUGGAGAUGUUCCCUGGAAUAUGUUUACGUUCACGUGCAAGCGACUCAGAAUCAUGAGAGGUGGAUCCAGAAGCAAGACAUACAUAACAUAGCCAUUGAAGCUUCUGUCGAUUGUUUUCAAGGUUGCUGUUUAGAUGAUGCACGGAGAAGACACUAAUAACUAGCUGAAACCAGGCGAGACCGAACCCAAGAGAGCGAUUUUGGGUCGCGGAGAUCUGAAGCUGCCAUGCAAUGGUUUCAGUCCACUUCGGCUUUUACAGAUUUAUUUUUACCAAGACAUGUGUACAAGGUCUUGAGAUUUGCCAAACUGUACAAACAUAGGGUACAGACACAGAUCUAGUCAGAUUCUUGUUGUCCAAAUUUUCUUCUCAAUAAAAGGAGAAAAAGCACUUUUCUA